UCACACGAGGGGCAAUCCGCAAAAACCCUAUCCCCAAAAUCCCAACUCCAACACCCGCGAACCACUCGAACCACCCCCACUGCUCACUCCGACCAUGGCGCGCGCCGGCGUCUCCACCGCACCGCUCUCCCGCCUCCACUCGCCGCCGCCAGCUACCCUCCUCCACAACCAGCAAGCCCAACCCCACGUACUCCUCCGCCCACAGCGCAAGGCUCUCACCACGGCCGCGGCUCUGCCAACGGCCGCGGACCUCCCGCCACUCUCCCUCCCUGCCGCAGCGGCCGCGGCUGCCGCACUGGCCGCGGCUGUGUCCCUAUCCGACCCCGAACGCAGGCGGCGCGCGCAGGCCGAGGCGGCGGGCGGCGGUGACAAGGAGGCGGUGCGCGCGUACUUCAACUCCACGGGCUUCGAGCGGUGGCGCAAGAUCUACGGGUCCGCGACGGAGGGCGUGAACCGCGUGCAGCUCGACAUCCGCGAGGGCCACGCGCAGACGGUGGCCGCCACGCUAGCCAUGCUACGUGACGGCCCCCUCCCGCUCGCCGGCGCCACCGUCUGCGACGCCGGAUGCGGGACGGGGUCCCUGGCCAUCCCGCUGGCCGCCGAGGGCGCGGACGUGCUGGCCUCCGACAUCUCCGCCGCCAUGGUGUCCGAGGCGCAGCGGCAGGCGCAGUUGGCGGUGGCCUCGCAGCCGACGGGGUCCCCGUUCCGCAUGCCGAGGUUCGAGGUCCGCGACCUGGAGAGCCUGGAGGGGAGGUACGACAUCGUCGUGUGCCUCGACGUGCUGAUCCACUACCCGCAGGAGGACGCGCGGGAGAUGAUCCGGCACCUGGCAUCGCUCGCGGAGAAACGGCUGCUGCUCAGCUUCGCGCCCAAGACGCUCUACUUCGACUUCCUGAAGCGCGUGGGGGAGCUGUUCCCGGGCCCGUCCAAGGCGACGCGCGCGUACCUGCACGCCGAGAGAGACGUCGAGGACGCGCUCCGCGACGCCGGGUGGCGCGUCGCCAACCGCGGCUUCAUCUCCACGCAGUUCUACUUCGCCAAGCUCUUCGAGGCCGUGCCCGUCGUCUCGCCCUGAUCACCCGAGGCAGCCGUAUCGAUCGUGUGUGGAUAGCGUGUUUCCCUGACGCGAUUGUUGAUAGAGGCGCGGCCGUGGCUGUUCCUGCUUGCAAAUUUUGCUGUCUAGCCUGUAGAUUGAAGCAGAGUUGUGAUCUGAAACCUGCGCCAUUUCUUGUCCUCGCCAGUGUUACGUUUUUUAUUUUGCCCUAAAUCCAAGUCGAAUUGCGACACGACACUGGUGUCGGAAUCUAAGUUGUAUUUAGUGUGUCUAAGUUUUCUUUCGAAUGGAACAUCUCAAUUAAGUCGAAUUUCGACAC